UUUGGUUUCACCUUUUACUUCGUACGAGCUGAAAUUUAAUUCUCUUCCGAUACAAUGAACGAAGCGGACAUCCCGAUCGAUAUCCACGCUGGCAAACUUCAGGACUGGCUCGUAUCGAGACGAAUCGUGAACAAAAAUUGGCAUAUGCAUGUUCGCGAAGUUCGCAGCAAAAUCAGCAAUGCCCUGACCGAUAUGCCAGCUCACGACGGGCUGGUGCAGCUGUUGAAGGGAGCUCAUAUCAACUACUUUCACUGUCAGCAGAUCAUUGACAUUCUUAAGACGACGGAAGCCGAUACCAAGAAUGUGUUCGGACGAUACGGAAGCCAGCGGAUGAAGGACUGGCAGGAGAUUCUGAAGCUGUACGAGAAGGAUAGUUUAUAUUUGGCAGAAGCAGCCCAGAUCUUGGUUCGGAACAUAAACUACGAAGUGCCUGGGAUUCGAAAGCAAAUUAAAAACUUUGAGCAGCUGGGUGAUGAAGCGGAGAAAAAAAUUGAAGACCUCAAGCGAUCGGAGAAUGUUGUUCUGGGGGAGUACCAUAGUCUGUGUAAACAGUUGGGUAUCGCUGGGGAGAACGUACGGCAGGAGCUGGUGACAAAGGUGGGUGAGCUUCCGAAGAUGUUGAAUGAAAUUGCCGGCACGGUUUCGGCGCUCAAGAAGGCGAUAGAACUCUACAGUGCCUUUAUGGGAAAUGAAGGAUGCUUACCAGUGUUGCGACAUGUUGCGACGUCUGGUAAUACGACGGUGUACGAGUUCUUGUACUCGGAAUCACCGCUGUCGAUCGAGGAACCACCGGUCAAGUUUGAAUUGGAAGAAGAAGCUGCACCGGGAGAGAUAGAUUUCGGUGAUGACGGCGGUGCUAUUGAUUUUGGCAAUGGCGGAAUUGACUUCGGUGCGGUGGACGGAGGAGAUGUCAAUCUGGAGGUGGGUGAUAUUGAUUGGGGAGCUCCGGAGGAGGCAGCGGCGAAUGCGAAUGAGAUCGAUUUCAAUAUUUCCCUGGAAGAGAGCGGAAUAGUCGUUGAAGGUGAUGGAAAUGCUGGGGGUGUGGCGAAGGGUGACGAGUCGUAUAGUAUUUUCGAUUCACCUGUUUAUAGGGAAAAAUUGAUUAACGAGCUGUUGGAGUUGGAGGCAUUCCUUAAGAUGAGACUGUAUGAGUUGAGUACUGCUGAUAAGGUUCAGAUCCUAUCACUAACGAUGAUGGACAAUUUCCCAGAUCAUGAUACCAAGAGCCUAUCGCAGAUGCUGGUACAAGUUGAUGUCAUCUAUGGCAAAACUAACAGCCCGCUUAUUCAGCAUUUACAUCAGAUUAAACAUUCGUCAAAGUACGUGGAUAUUCUUACCUCUAAGUUGAAGCAAAAACUGGUAGCUAUAGACAAAAUGAAAGAUACGGAAAAGCUAAUGAAAAAUAAAUCGAUCAGCUUCCGUCAGCAGAGCGUUGAUCUAAAGCCCACGUUGACCAAGAUAAUCGAACAGACCAAGAUCCUGCAAGGUCAGAUAGAGAAGGACAUUUCCAAGCGCUACAAAAACCGAGUGGUUAACCUGAUGGGGGCCAAUCUUUGAGCUUUUCCGAGGUUAAAUAAGAUGCUAAAUUUAUAACAGAAUACGUAGCCAUGUUUUAAAUGCAAAAUGUAUCUGUUUAUUGUUCACAAUAUAUUUUUUCCUGAUAAGUGUAGUUUACACGAGGAUGACCGUCUAUUAUUGGAAAUUAGUGAUUUAUUGUUUCUUGGUUUUUUUUUUUAUGCGGUAAAUGUUUGCGAGUUAAAAUGAGAAAGUAAAAAAAAAAUAGUAAAUAUAAAAUCUUCUAGCACGUUUGUUUUCUUCUACUAAACAAGGCAAAUUAUCCACAAAAUGUAAUACAGUAUCAACAACGAUAAUAACUUAUAGAUGAAAUAGUCAAAAAGCGACUCCCUCUUUCGCAAUUAAAUCUUCUUUUUUUUUCUUCUCUAUAAUCCGAUCAAUCUUUCUAAAUCAUCGCAUAAUAGAACCCUACACUACUUCCUCUUCAAUAAUCGCGCGGUUAUUAUAGCAUGUAAUAGUUACAUCGAAUAUCUGAAAUGAACAUCACUUCGGUGUGUUUCGUUAUUUAUUCCCACUGUCGACAAAGUUU